AGGAACUAUCACCGCUUGCCUAACACCAUCCUUCGACAGUGAUUGCCACCGUCAUUGAUAACCAUGGACCAGACGUGAGCUCUGCCUCAAAUAUGGUGGAAACUACAACACCUCGUACACUCGUUCAUUUCUGCUCGAGCCCCAAACAAGAGCUACGAUGGAACCCAACAACCUCCCUGAGGAACCACUGGUGCCUCCAGUCAUUGACGAAGCCGAGUUGAUUGGAUUAUCCAACACGCACACACCCGUAAUCGAAGCAGAGCCCGCCGGACAUCCCAACCCCCCGCUCGAUACCGCCGAACAGCAAGGCCUCUUACUCGAUGAUGGUGCAAACCCACCACCGCGACAGGAUGGAACCGGAAUGUCCCUGCCUGUGAGACCAGGGCUUCACCGAGAUAACUCUCUUUCCAACCCAGCGCCUGUCCACCUCCCUCCUCCCGCACCGCCUGUGCCUACCCAAGAUGGCGGUCAGCCCACAGAUUCCCUCUCGUUGAUGCAACUGCGAAAACUCGUGAACGACCUGCCGAGAGUCGAACCCACGCCAUAUUCCUUUGCAUAUGAUGAUGCAUCGUCGUUCGAAGAUGAGCUAGAAGAAUGGUUUUCGUACAGCGUGGAGGAGCAGGCCAUGAUGCUGAAGACUCAGGCAUCUUUCGCGCAGGAGUGGAGUAGAUACAAAGGCCCAAUGUUCGUAAAUGGGUCCCCAUAUGAAGAGGGGGAAAUAGAUUGGGCCAAGGCGAGCGGCGAACAGCAAAACGAAUUUUUAAAGUCGUUGUUGGACGGUGUCAAACAAGCAGAUGCCCCUGGGAGAUUGAAGAGGCUCGAGGCGCUGCUAUACAUACUUUUGGGAUGCUGGCACGAGAGUGCAGGUAUCCCCUCUGCAAAUACUGACGAUGGUUUAACGUCGCAAGAGAACUCAAGCAGCAAGGGAGCUCCAGCCGAGUCGGGUUAUGAAAAGUCCGCUCUUCAGACCCAAUUCAUUCGAAACAACGCCAAAUUACUCCUCGAAUGUGCCGGGCUUCAGACUAUUGUGGACUCGAUGCGCUCGGCAUGUUUGAGGACCUGUGGGGUGGAUGUAAGACCCGGAGCCCCACGCGAUAGCAAGGAGGCAGAGCGUCGCGAAGUAUGGUGUACUAUGACGGCUGUAUAUGUGAUCCUUGAAGUAGCUCGAAUUGAAGAGAAGGAGAACGAUGACCUUAGUGUCAGAGGCGCAGUGCUGUCUCACGACAAGCCUGGUAUCAUCAUGAUUCUCGUGGAAAUUAUCUCAAAGCUACGCUGGGACGAAUCGAUUAAUUUGCCCCUUUCUAAAGUCUGCCUCCUUGUCUGGAAGGCAAUCCUGGUAUGCUUCGGCGGUCUUUCGCAAGUGGAGAAGGCAAAGGAUUCAUUCAAGGAUAAGAGUCUCGAGUCUGCGGAUGCAAGAGGCCAGCCUAUCAUCACUGCAUCUCCGCUGGAUUAUCAUUUGUUUCGACAAGAAAUCAGCUCGAAGUACCCCGCCUACAGCCCUCCACUCCCUCUAUUUCCCCUCGAACCAGAGAAUAACUCGAUACUCCCACCUCUCAAAAAUCACCCAAAUAAAGUCGCAGGGAAUCAUGUUUUUGGGUCCGGCCUUGGGAACAUGAAUGGCAACAACACGUCUAUCUUCCAUCAGCCAGUCCAUAUUGCCACACCAGCGCCGUCACCCCCACCUUCCCCUGCAGGGCCUGGUGGAAAGGGCGGGAAAAAGCAGAACUACCAGACAAAUCAACUAUUUCCAUUCUUGUAUCCACCCUUAGAUGAGUCAAGUAACAAUCUUGGCGGGAAAGGUUCGACCGACCUGCAAGACUUACUCGUUGGACGGAAAUGGGAAGGGGCUGACAUCCCUGCCUCGAUUUUAGAGGCAGCUGAGUUAUUUUCCAAGCGUAUGCGAGCAACCCGCGCCAUGAAACAAUUGUGGGAAGAGCGCGUGCAGUUCAUGAAAUACGAACGGGGUUGGUCCGGUGCAGACGAGAAUGGUGAUGUCGAGGAUCUGUCACUGGAGCCAAAGGAAGGCAGUCCAGAAAGGAAGCAGCACCCAGCCGGCAGUAUUGAGGAACGACUGGAUUUGGUGGAGGAUUGCUAUCGAACCGCUUUGCCCAACCUGCAAUCUAUCGUUAUUGUUCUCAUCAAGGCCGUCCUGUCUCAUGUAACUGCGUUAGUUACCCAGGCGAAUGGCUCUAACGGUCUGCAAAGCGGUUUUCAAUUCCAAGAGAACCAGAACGGGACUUCGGGAGCUAAAUCUGAUACGAACGGCGUGAACGGCUAUCACGGGAGUGUGGCGACGAACGAAGAAGUAGAUGCGAUGCGAACUCAAGAAAUCCUUGACAAAGCUGUGUCUGGCGUCUUAAUCCUACUACUCAAAUGGUUUAAGGUUUCUCACAUCCUGAAGUACGAAUAUCUUACACAGCUUCUUGUCGAUUCCAGCUACGUCCCGCUUAUCCUGAAGCUCUUGCAACUUCAGGAGAUUGAAAAGGUUGUCAACUUCAAGUGCGAGCAGAAAGAACUCAACUUUUUCCAUUUCUGCCGCGCACAUUCUCGACUUGGAAUCGAGGAAGAAAGGCCUUCAAACAAAGGUGACACAGACUCAGACUCCGACGAUGCUGUUCCACCUCCAAUCCGACUCCGACGUGAUGAAAGUAUUAAUCCGGAAGCAGAUACCGAGCCUUCUGCUUUACCCCAAGCGCCGCAGCCUCCAGAGGUUGACGAACUCGGCUUCCCCACUAAUGAAGUUCCGAAAGAACCUAUCACAAAUUUCUCAUGGCGAGCCUUUUUUACCUCUAUCAACUACCUACGUAUCAUGCAGAAAAUCUGCAAGAAUAAGGCACAUCGUAAUCUAAUGCUCGUCUCUUACAAGUCAUCGCAAUUUCUCCGGAAGAGCUUGAAAGUGCCACAACCAGAACUUCGACUUUAUACUCUUAAACUGUUCAAGAACCAGGUUCCGUAUUGCGGGAGAAAGUGGCGACAGUCGAAUAUGCGCGUCAUCACGGCCGUUUACUUGCACUGCAGACCCGAGCUCCGCGACGACUGGCUAGCGGGAAGUGACGUCGAUGCUGAAGUUGACGAGAGCGUGCCUUUGGAGCAGGCUCUCAGGGCUUUAACGCAUUGGCACAACUUGAAGAGAUACCCAGAAGGCAUGGGCGCUCGUAGCGGUGUGCUCGAUGAGGAACAAGACUUCUUCAGAAGAGAGCUCGAGAAGAUGGAUUGGGGUGAGGAGGUGAAUGACGCAGAGUCGGAGCAGCAGGGGUGGGAUAUGCAAGUUGAAGGUUGGUGAAAUAUGACGACUAGUAGGCUUCAAUAUACAUGACUUGUUGGGUAAUAACGCGCUCUUAGGUUCUCGAGCUUCCAAUAUCUAACAUACGGAUAGCUUUGGUCAACUAGCGAUAUAGCGUGUGAGAUGUUGGCAGCGGAGCAUCAAGGAAAUUUUUUUUUGAGGAACUAGAACAUGAAAGCACUCAGAAUACUCAAGUGUUUUCCUGUGAAUCUUAGAGAAAACACCAGGGUUUUAUUGCCCCUGAG